UUUUCUAUUUUUCCAGCAGAAGCUCUGUUAGUAGGUGGAAAGUACUAAAUUCCCAAUGGAAUGACUUGAGAUAUCCUAAAUGAAGCUGAGUCAUCACCAGGAGACAUAACUCCAAAAUACACCGAUGGAGAAUAGUGUAUAAAAAUGAAAUCACAAUCUCGAUCAAUCUAAGGGUAGUGAGACGAUCCAGAGCUGAAAAAAGAAAAACCAAUCUGGUAAAGCACUUUUUUUCUGAAAAGUCACCCAACUGUGAACUUGCACAAAUUCCACCAUCGUCCAAGAGAAUAAACUCCAACCAAGCAAUGGUUGGGAAAAAAUUACUAACCAUUUUUGCUGCUAAUGUACUCAUGGGGGCGGGACCUAUACAUUCUAAAAAGCAUUUAAUUGGACGAACACAAGAUUAGUACAGGAUGAAUCAUCCAAAUAAAAUUUAAAAAUGUUUUCCCGGAUGUGACGAGCUAUGAAUUUUAAAAGAGAAAACCGACAAAACUAUUUUUUUCUAGAUACACUAUCAUAUUGGUGUCCAUGACACUAUGGGACCCAGGUACAAAAAGCUCUGAAAUUUCAACAGUUUUUAUUAUUAUUAUUAUUAUUUCAUUUUAAACAACUGUUAAUAUCUUUGUUUAGACCGCCCAAGUGUUCAAAACAAACCUCAAACGUCAUGCAUUAAAUGUACUUAAAUAAAAAGCUCACUGAUAUCAAAGACCAUGACAACUCAAUGAUUUAAUCUUAAUUUCAUCAGCUGUUCAGGGUUUUUUUUUCCCUCAAACUGUAGAGGGCAAAGUUAUUGUAAAAAGAAAAUAAUCUGACAGUUUAGAGAUUACAUCAUAUGUCUUAUCGAGCUAGUUAUCCAGUUAGCUCGUUUCAGUUAGCAAAACUGCAAUACAAUACAAUACAAUGAGCACACUAGCCUGCGAUGUUUUUUUUCCCCACUCGUAUUCCAAGUCUCUCCUCCUUCUUCAGGAUUGGUUAGUUCUACUCCAAAUCCUGUAUCAGGAUUGGCUAAUACAGCACGUUCACACGAGAACUACCAAUCAAUCGUAGAAUGGGCGGGGCUCUUCCGGAAUACGAGUGGAUAAAAAAUAUACAGCCGCAAAAGCGUUGGCUGGUUAUCUAGCUUAGCUAUAAUUGCGCCGCGAGCUUGAGUUGCUUUAACGCGCUAACGGUUGCACUCUAGCAAACACUACCGUCCGGCACAAAGGAAGCAGAUGUGUGACUGCAGCUAAGAAAAAGGACCAACCAGAUCAUCCAGUUGAGUUCUAAAUGGGCGGUAGUGUCAGGAUGAAGACCGAGGGGUCGAUGGCCAAUAGGCCAGAUAACACCGCAUUCACACAGCAGCGACUUCCCGCCUGGCAGCCCAUUCUGUCUGCCGGCAUCGUCAUCCCUGGCUUCACUCUCAUCGGCCUGGCCUUUAUCGGCAUUGGAGUGGCGCUCUUUGUCACCUCACACAACAUCAAAAUGCUAGAGAGGGAUUACACAGGCAAUUCGGACGAUUCUAACUGCCUCCAGUGCACCAACCCUUCUACAAACUGCGUAUGUGCGGUCAAUUUCUCCUUCAGUGAGCUUUUUGAGGGCCCUGUCUUCUUCUAUUAUGCCCUGUCUAGUUACUAUCAGAACUACAGAACAUACGGAGUGUCCGUAGACCCCAACCAACUGGUGGGGCAGACACAGUACAUUCAGUCUCCAGAAAGCACCUGCUCUCCUUAUCAGAAGGAUUCCAGUGGGAAAUCUAUUGUUCCCUGUGGAUCCAUAGCGAACAGCAUGUUCAAUGACUCCUUUAAGCUGUACCAGAUUGUCAACGGGCAGAAGAUGCCGGUUCCAUUUGACAGGAAAGGAAUUGCAUGGUGGACGGAUUACAAUGUCAAAUACAGGAAUCCUGCUCCUGUCAACGGCUCCUUUGCUCAGGCUUUUGCCGGUACAACAAAGCCCAUAAACUGGCCAAGUCCAGUGUACGAGCUGGACCCAAAUGACCCUGCCAAUAAUGGUUUCCUGAACCAGGACUUCCUGGUGUGGAUGAGGCGUGCAGCACUUCCUAACUUCAGGAAGUUGUACGGGCGAAUCACAGGGGGAGUUUAUGCAGAUGGCUUGCCUGCGGGUAACUAUACCUUAGAGAUCAACUACAAUUAUCCUGUUCAGAGCUUUGGUGGGACAAAGACAGUGGUGUUCACCAAUGUUUCCUGGAUGGGAGGAAAGAAUCAGUUCCUGGGCAUUGCCUACCUUGUAAUGGGUUCUCUCUGUGUUGUCAUGGCAAUAGUCAUGCUCAUCGUUUAUGCAAAAUUCAAGUUUUCAGACGACGAUAGUGCGUAAUGUGGUUGUACUUGCGGAUGUAGUGUGAAAGAUUGUGAAUUGUCACCUUUAGUUCUUUUGCUAGUCCUCAGAACGUCCCAGCCAGAUCACAGGUUUUGCUAUUUCUGUUUUUGAUCAAUGUUUUAGAGCUAUUCGUAACAUUUUACAGGUUUGAUUCUGAAACAGAGUAAAAUACUCUACCACGAAUAUACGGAGUACACUGUACACAUACAGAGUACAUAUGGUAAAUAAGGCAGAUCAAUUAACAAAUCAGUUGAACUAAAGGUGAAGAAAUAUUUUUUUUAUCCAGGAUUUAAGAAAAAAUACACCCUUGCAUAAUAGGCUUUAUAAUUAAUGUCAGUGGCAUCCAAGAUUCCGAGUUGUCUCUUUUUUUUUUUUUUUUUUGGUUUAAACUUCUUUCAUGAACAUAUUGAUCUCUAUUAUCACUGUUUUCACUACAUUACCCACAAUGCCAUUUGAUUACCUGCUGAUAGUGGUACCGUUCUACCUAAUGAAAGCGAUGCAGCAGCACUUUAAUCCUUUUAGUCUGUCCAACUCUCACAUCCUCAUCUGUACACUCUGCUCAAACGGUUCAGCUUCGUACAUGUACCAUCACGCCCGUCAUCUCAUAGUCACCAUGCUAAGCCAAGUUUUUGCCAUAACUCAGUGCAACCGCAUAGUGUAACGGCAUGUCCUUCUGGAGCUUUGAAUUUAAUGUUUGCCGUCGCUAGUACUUCUACAUAAACAGCAGAACCGGAGCAUUAUCGCUUACAAUAUGUCCGAGAGCAUUUAAAUUAUUUCUCCUAUUAAACGCCAUUGGAACUGUGCUAGUAAUGUGAUGCGCUUCCCACAUGUGACAUCAGCAUGUCACGACACUAGCUUCUAACAACAAAUAAUGAAAAUACAGCACCAACCAGCAAAUUAACACAAGAAUCCUUAAGCACAUCACAUAUAUAUUUCAAUAGAAGCAUAUUUAAUGUGUCUCAAGGUGGAGUUUUCUUUGAAAUGCUACACUGACUCCAAAUUAGACACAAAUUAGAGGCAGAUCCCAUUGUCUUACAAAAAAAACACAUGGACGUUAAUACAUUUAAUGUUAAACAUUUGCUGUCCUCAAACUAAUUUUUUCCUUCCUCUUCACUCUUCGUUUGUAUUUGUGCUCAGAAAGAUGAGUAGUACUCUUAGGCUCUGGUUGCCACAAAGCUUGGCAUCAGUGUGAUUCAUAGGGAAUGUUUGUAAGCUAAUUUAUCUCCUUCAAAGUAUAUUAAAAUCCUUAUAGCCCUAGUUGAACGCAACCACGCUAAUUCUUCUAUCUCAGUGUAUAUUUAAUUCCAAGUAAACAAUCAUCUUAGUUCACCCCAUAUAUGAGGAUUUGUGACUGUUACUAAGCAUGCGUGAUUUAAAAUUGAGCUUUAAAAUGAGUAUGUUUACUUUCCUGACUUUGUUAUUAAGCCAUAUUUAAUGACAAUUUAUUAAUUAUCUGAAAUGCAUCAUUUAGCUGUAUUAUCAGAAAUAGUCCUAAUUUAAGAUUAAUUAAUUAUAUGCCUUUUGUAUUCUAGGGCUUUUUUCAGAGAAACGCUUUACCUCUGCGUUCAAAACUUCUCUCUUUUUUUAAAAUCAGAUGGUAGUGGGUGAGGACCUUUCAGGGACUGCUGCACUUUUGUUUUUUUAUACAUUGUUGUCUCAGGGUGUGUAAAAUCUGGGUAAAUGUUUUUAUUUUUAUUUUUUAAAUUGCUGUUUGUAACUGUGUUGGAAAAGCCAAGCUUAUGCCAGUGUAACACAACAGUGCCUUACUUGUAUUCAUGCCAACUUCAGUGACUUUCAGAUAAGGAUAAAGGUGCAGUAUGGGAGAAUUUGUGUAUUUAAAAGCUUUAUAUUGCUGUGAUGAUGAGCAAAAAAAUCAAUGCAUUUAACCCUCUUUCUCUGAAUUGCAGCUUUAAGGUCAAAAUAUAGGUGUUGAGUCAAUUUCUAUUCACUGGUAUGAUCCUACCUCGACACUCUUUUCAACAAGCCCUCAUAGGAUCUGUUCAGGCCCUCAUAGAUAUAGACUUCAGGAGUAGAACUCACCCGGAAUCAUUGUGUUCUGAUGCAAUUUAAUUUCUGGUUCUGAUAAAAAGGCAGACAAAGCUGUAUGUGAAUUCACAAAAUGUAUGUUACGCUCACACUUCUCAAAAACAUACUGCAUUACAAUGUUUACUUGGACUAUUAAUUGGCUCACUAGCUCAUGCUAGCCUAGUACCCGUUAGGUGACAAAGAUUUAAAAGAAAGUUUGUAGGAAAUGUCUUCACUCAGGUGUGUUUCUAUUUUAAAAUUGGCUCUUGUUCAGCAAGUGGCCACUUGUGUGAUGUAGGUGUUCAAGAAGUGAGGGGAUGUCUGAGGCAUGUUUAAAUAUUUAGUAUUGAAACAGGGUCUGCUAUGUUACUGUUAGUGCCAUGUCAGAUAAAUGUUUGUUUCCAAUUUAAAACAAAAUGUAUGUUUAGUAGAAUUACAAUUUUGAGUGAUGACGUUGCUUUAUUUAGAAAUAAACAAUCUGAAAUCUGA